AUGGCGGAUCUUCAGCCGGAAGUGUCGAGGGCGGUUCGAGAGGAGAGGGCGGUGCAGAGCCAGAGCAGUUCGUUGCACGCCACGCCAGCCCUCGAGGCUCCUCGUCCGGCCGCGCUCCCCACGAACCCGCAGCCUGUUGAUGCACCUCCUCCUCAAAUCCUUGCGCCGCCAGCUCCUUCUCAUGCUGUCUCGGCAGGAGCUCCCGGCUCUCGUCUUCAUCUGCCGCCGGUUCCGCCCGUUGCGGGAGUGGAGUUUGUGGCCGCGGGUGGUGGCGCGGCGGCGGCUCCGAAUGCUCUUCAAGUUGCUGCUGAAGAGCCGCUCCAGUUCCUGGCGGAGGCUCUCCAGCCUCUGCAGACCCGCCGUGACACGUGCCUGGACGCGACGGACCAGCUCGCAGUGCUGCUGGCGCCCGUGCUGGCUGCACCCGCGGAGGGUGGCGCUGCUGCUGCGGGACAGCUUGACGAGGCUGUCCGUGGCUUGAGGCGGCACUUGCACGCAGGAUCUGGAGCCGCAGCGAUCGGCGCAAGCACGCUUGUGGUCCGGGAGCUGUGGUGCUCCCUGACAGGCGUUCUUCACGCCCUUGGAGCUCACCGCAUGUAG